CCACAGAAGGAGGACAAAGUCUCGCUUCUUUCGCUCUGCAAUUUGCCCAUCAACCUCAAACGCUCGCCAAAUGGCUUUCAAGCUGAUUGCUCUGGUCUCCUGCUGCCUGGCAGCCGUAUCCGCGGGACUCAUCCAGGUGGAGCAGCACGAACAGCAGCCCCAGCUGUACCAGGCCCAUCAGGCCCACCAGCCGCAGCAUGUGAUCUACCAGAAGCAGCACGAGAUCCAUCCCCACGGCCACGAGGUUUACCCCGACGACCCCCAUCCCAAGUACAACUUCGCCUACGAUGUGCAGGAUGCCCUCUCCGGGGACUCGAAGAGCCAGGUGGAGUCCAGGGACGGGGAUGUGGUGCAGGGCGAGUACUCCCUGGACGACGCCGAUGGCUUCCGCCGCACGGUGAAGUACACCGCUGACUCCGUCAACGGAUUCAAUGCUGUGGUGCACCGCGAACCCCUGGCCCAUGUGCACAAGGUGGUUGCUGCUGCUCCCGUCCAAUAUCACCACGCCCCUGCCGCCCCCGCUGCCGUGAUCAAGAGCUAUUCCGCCCCUCCCCCAGCCUAUGUAGCCCCCACUUACGCCGCCCCCACCUACGCCGCCCCUGCUUACACCGCCCCCGCCUACUCCGCCCACCAGGCUGAGCAGCCCCAGGAGCAGGAUCACCAGCAGCACCACUACGCCAGCUACGAGUCCCCCGCCCACUCCCAGGCCGCCCACGAAGGUCAUGAGUACUACCACCACCAGUAAGGGGCUUCCAACCACAGAUCACCCGACAGGCAAAAGUAUUAUCCCGCACCCAUCCCAUUAGGAGAACUCAUUUAGCUCAUUAACCUAGUUGUGUUGCUUAGUUUGU